AUGUCUGAGUCUACAUCUCCUCAGAAGGUUUGGCUGGCCUCUAAUGACAGCGCCAACAUCGAAGUCGACCGCGUUGUCGCUGAGCGAUCAAUGCUGAUCAAGAACAUGCUCGAGGAUGUUGGUGACGAAAUCACCCAGGGCAACCCUAUUCCUAUUCCCAACGUCAACGAGGCAGUCCUCCGCAAGGUUAUCGAGUGGUGCGACCACCACCGAAACGAUCCUCCUCAGGCUCAGGAUGAUGAAUCCGACGCUCGCAAGAAGACCACCGACAUCGAGGAGUGGGACCAGAAGUUCAUGCAGGUCGAUCAGGAGAUGCUCUUCGAGAUUAUCCUCGCCUCUAACUACCUCGAUAUCAAGCCCCUUCUCGACGUCGGAUGCAAGACCGUCGCCAACAUGAUCAAGGGCAAGGCACCCGAGGAGAUCCGCAAGACCUUCAAUAUCACCAACGAUUUCACCCCCGAAGAGGAGGAGCAGAUCCGCCGUGAGAACGAGUGGGCUGAGGACCGCUAA